AUGAUCAAUCGCAAUAGCUUCCAAAGAAACUCAGAUGACUUGUCAGUAAACCCUUACCUCAAAUUGCCACCACAACACCAACCACAACAACAAGGCGUCCCCUCAUCAUCACAUUUCCAAAAUUAUUCAACGGGAUUGAAUUAUACGAAACCAGAAACAUUUUCACACCCUUCAUUACCUAUACUCACUAAUACCUCUAUUGCAAAUCACCCAAAUGUUGCUCCAGCAAGUUUUAGAAACCCAUAUGAUUGUCCCCAACCUUACAACAGAAUGGACCACCUCAAAUUUGACGGAACUAAUUUAAAUCCAUUAAACCAGCAGUCGGUGGUGGAUCGGCUAAAGCUACCAAUCAAACCUGAUAUGGGCGUGGAAACCCCUUCAACUACAGAAAAUAGUAUGGACAUUGAAACAAUGGAGAAAUUGCUGUUUGUUAAGGCUGAUUGCUUUUUUAAGCAAUUCAAAUCAAGCUCCGAUUUCACACAGAGUCGUGAGCUAUUCGAAGAAUUGAAAACAAAGUUUGUGGCUGAUAAGAUAGACUAUUUGUCGAAAAGAUCCUAA